AUGUCUGGCUCUACAUCCCAAAAUUAUGCUAAAUUUGAGGAAUGGAAAAACAACAAGACUAAAAUUACUUACCUCCGAAUAUUAGAGGAUAAGAGGAAGAUGGCUGAGUUACAAAAUGAGACAAAGCCACGGCUUUAUUUUAAACCAUCCGAGCCAGCAGCCGAGAAUUCUAUAAAGAUACUUACAUGUAUCGUCAAUUAG